AUGGGAUUCCUUGGAUUCUCCAAAUCCAAUCCAAGAAGUUAUUGGAUUGCUAGUGCAAUAACUCUUGUUAUCAUUCUCUUAAUCAUCUUAAAGAAAUUGAUAGUUUAUCUAGAUUGUAAAGGCAAUAAGCAACUUUCAAAAACCAAACCUGAUGAAGAAAAUCAAGUUAGUGUUGAUUCAAAUGGUACUAUUAUAAGAACUUAUGCACUAGAAGAAUUGAAAAUGGCAACCAAAGACUUCAAGAUUCGGAUUGGUGUUGGAGCAACUUCAUAUGUUUAUCUUGCUGAGUUUGGAGAUGGAAGAUUAGGCGCGGUGAAGCGUGUUAUGGAGGAAAGAGGUGGAGAAACAAAGAUGUUCUUGGAUGAAGUCUCUGUCUUGCUUAGGAUAUCACAUCCUAACUUGGUUGGUUUAAUGGGAUUUUGCUUGGAUAAAGGAGAACAGUUACUACUUUUGGAGUAUGUUCCUAACAAAAGCCUCUUUGAGAGGAUGCACACAUACCAUGGCCAAUCCUCUGGUACAUUAUCAUGGUCUAAUCGUCUAAACAUCGCGUUAGAUGUUGCUCGUGCUCUUAACUAUCUCCAUUCAGUAGCCGAUCCUCCUGUCAUACACAGAGACGUUAAGUCAUCAAACGUUCUGUUAAACAACGAUGAUCAUGCCAAGCUUGCAGAUUUCGGGCUAUGCAAAUUAGGCAAUGAUGUUAUAAGCGCGACUACACCUACUAAAGUAAAAGGUUCACUCGGUUAUGUUGACACAUAUUACCUUAACACAGGACUAGUGUCACCAAAAAGUGAUGUUUAUAGCUUCGGAGUGUUACUUCUCGAGCUCAUUACAGGGCUCAAGUCAGUACAAGGCUCGAUGACGCUUGCUGAAUGGACUGAGGAAUGUAGGAAAAAUAAUGAGAAUGUUGAGGUGUUAAGUGGUAUGUUGGAUCCAAAACUCAAUGGUAAUGUAGAUAUACAACAGUUAAGAGUUUUGGUUGAUGUGGCUAAUUCAUCUUUACUUGAAAAUUGUGAAGCAAGACCAAAACAUGACACAAAUUGUCUAUAA